GUUGUGACACACGGUCUACGGUGGUAUGAGUGGAAAAAAUCAGACAAGGCAUACGAAGAUCAUUGCCUGAAAUCCGUUGUUGAGACACGAGCCAUACCUAUCAGAAUGUGGACUCUGGAGUUUUACCUAGUAACUGAAUUGUAGUGAAACAAGUUUAGAUGUAAUGGGAUACUGUGAACUUCAAGAUGGAUAGAGAUCUUCUACGCCAGUCUGUGGGUUACCAUGGGCAUACCCUGUUCUCCCUUUUAAAAUGUGAGCAGCAGGAAAACCCAGCUUUCCAGUGCAUUGCUGGAGACUUGUCAAGAACUGUACAAUACAGAAAAGAGAGUAAAGUUGAGAAUGUUGCUGUUCAGCAAUUUAUUGCAAAGAAAGCAGACCUCCUAUUUUCUCCGUCAUGGCAGUCCAGCACGCCUUCAGUUAAAGAAGAGACUGAAGAUAUGUAUGCAGUUAUGCCACCUCUGGAACAGUUCAUGGAGGUCCCUGGCGACGACAGGAGAAACCUGUUUUUUCGAGAUAUUGAACGUGGGGAUGUUGUGAUCGCACGUAUUAACUCCAUACGAGAAUUUGGAUUCUUUGUUACUUUGAUCUGUUUAAGCGGAGGUCUGGGGAGAUAUAUUGAGGAUCUGGAAAUAACAGCCCUAUGUCCAUUAAGGGAUGUGCCUACCCAUGGUAACCAUGAUGACCCUCUUUCAUAUUAUCAAAAUGGAGAUCUAAUUCAAGCUGGAGUAAAGGACGUUGACCGUUACCAUGAAAAACUGACUAUUUCAUUGCAGCCUUCUUCUGUUCCUCCAUCCUUUUCACAUCUAAAACUUGGAGUUAUAGGUGUUGAUGAUAUGCCUGCCCAUUACAGUCGGAGUGUUGCAGUGGCCGGCAGCACUACAGAAACCUACGAGAAGGUCUUGGAACACACACUGGGUUUUGCAAAUCCAUCCACAGUAGAGUUUCUCUUGGGGAAACUAGGAAUUAGUGAAACCAAUCCUGCUUCACUGAUGAGGGGAUUGCAAACCAAAAACUUCUUAAAAGAAGAUUAUGCAACAUCUAUUAGAAAAAAGCAGUCAGCAUCUUGGGCAUUAAAAUGUGUAAAGAUUGGAGUGGGUCAUUUUAAAUCGGGGCGACAUGUUGAGGCGAUGAAUGAAUACAAUAAAGGCUUGGAAAUUGAUCCAAACAAUGUGGAAGCAUUGGUAGCACGUGGGGCUUUAUAUGCUACGAAGGGUAGUUUGAAUAAAGCUAUAGAAGACUUUGAACUGGCAUUAGAGAGCUGUCCAACGCACAGAAAUGCCAGAAAAUACUUAUGCCAAACAUUAGUGCAAAGAGGAGGCCAGGUGGAAGAGGAAGAACAACUGGUAACUGCUGAAGGGUUAUACAGAAAAGCACUGGCUCUAGAUGAUACUUUUGAAGAGGCAGAAGAAGCUUUGCAAAAACUACAGAAACACAUCCAGAAAUCACUGAAAUUAAAAGAGGAAUCAGCAAAAGAAGAGAAGGAUAUGAGUAAAAAUGUGGAGACAAGUGCUGAAAAAUUGCGUAAGCUAUUAAAAGAAGAAAAAAGAAGGAAAAGAAAAAGGAAGAGAUCAUCAUCCUCUUCUGAUGCCUCGUUGUCUUCAAGCCGCAAAAAAUCCAAGAAAAGGAAGAAACACUCAGUAUCUUCACACAGCCGCAAGAAGCGGUCACACAGGUCUUCCUCAAAUGAAGACAAAACCUUUAAUAGCAAGGAGGAAUGGUACCCUCCUCCAGCAAACACCUCCGCAUCUUUCAUGAAUCAAAAGCAGGAUAUGGCUAAACUGCUGGAGGGGAAUGUCGGGUCAGUAGAACAGAAAUCCCAGGUAAAGGGUAAAAGGCACAACCUGUCUAUGUCUUCAUCUUCUGUUGAAAUCUUGGAUGAUGGUGAAGGUCGGUCUGAAGAGUCCAUAGAGUCCUUUCGUAUUGCCAAAUUCCAAGCUGGUAGCAGCAGAGAUAAAAGUCAGUGCAGUAUAGAUGGGGAUUCUAGACAUCCUACUUCAAAAUCUCACCACAGGGUAUCGAGUGGGAAAGAGGGAGAGGUGGACCUCUAUUCUAAGAGACAAGAUCAGGAAUCUGGCAUUCACCAAGGCCUGCAUGGAAGUGCAGAAAAGUCAAGCCAUAGAAAGAACUACUCAUCUUCAGCAGGUUCUGAGUAUUCUCAUAGGUCUGAUAAGUAUGGUUAUGCAAGAAGAGAUUUUUCUUCACAGGACCGUAGUUGCAGCAGAAAUGUAGAGAGUGGGGAUAAGCAGGAGGAGUAUAAGACCCGAGAGGGUGUAAGUAAAGUGAAACCUAAGGGAGAGGAAAAUGUACAGUCAAGAGGUAGAUCGCAGAAUGGUAAGGAGUCUGCUGCUACAGGGACAGCGGACAAGAAUCUGCCGUCAAACUUGCUUAAUAUAUUCAGCCAGAUUGCUCAAUUUGAAAAAGAGAAAUGCAGUAAGCAGAAACAAUAAAAUGUGUAAUAUGUUUCAUUUUGAACUAAAUGCCUUUGGGAAUAUCCACUGUCAGAUUUUGUAAUGGCAAGAGAAAUACACCAUUGGGCAAUUUGAGUAGAUUCAGAAAAUGUGUAAAUCUGAAACUUGUUUCCUUCAUUUACAAAAGAUUCACAAGGUUUUCAUUUUUUGUCUUUUUUUUUUUUUUUUUUUUUUUUUUUUUUUUUUUUUUUUAACAUGCAUUUGUUCAAAAUAUGAACAGCCGUGUUUUCUGCGCCAAAAUUGUGCUUAAGUCUUGAUAUGAAAUGUCAGAAAAUACAUUUGAAGGUAGAAAAUGCAGUGCUUUUUUCUGGGGGUUCAUUACUAAAAAUAUUGCCUUAAAUUGCUAAUGUAGCAAACCAGAUAUGUUGUAAGGAACUAAUUCUACGUAGUUGAAUGUCUUACAUUUAUUGUGCUUGGUUAACAUUUAUACUGUAUAGGAAUAUGUGAUCCUAGGAAUUGGUAAUAAAUGCCCAAACAAAUCAAUCAUGGUUAGAUGUUUAGAUUGCUUUCCAUUAAAUAUGAAUUCACUCAAAUGUGUGCAUUGGUAGUAUGACCUACAUAAUCUCAAAAUGUAUUAGUGUUUGGAUAAGUUUUGGGUGUACCGCUAUAAGACAGAACAGCAGUUCAGCACCAACAUCACUUCAGCUUUUUCCCCAGGAAUGGAAACAAAUAACAAAAUAUAAUUAGCAAAUUGUAUACUAAUGUGCAGAUUUAAUUACUAACAUGAUAAAUGUUGUGUGUUGCCCCUAAAUGGUGCUAAUGGUCAUGCUCCAUAUUUUUUUUUUUUUUUUUUUUUUUGUACACAGGAUGAUGUAGAUCUCUGUAAUAAAACUGUCCAAAUAUGCGGACAUCUAUUAAUAUACAUUUUGGUGUUUUUGUUUUGGAAAUCAAAUAAAAUUAUUGAUUUAAUUUAAAUAUAGUUGCUUCAUAUUUAAGUUAAUUACUACUUUAGACUCCUUUGGAUGUGGCUGUGACUGAUGCUAUUGCUGCUAGCAUCACUGCCAGGGCGAGACUCCCUGGGUGAAGUUGUUGUUAGAGGAGGUAAUGUCACAGACAGACCCAAUCCUAGAUCAACGGUCUUCAUAGGUGGUGCUUGCACACCAGCAUUUCCAGGACUGCAAGACUUGUCUCCUAAAAAUGCAUAGCAGUAGUGUGUUAAGAUUUAAGUAUUAAAUAUUUAUAUAAAGUAUAUCUAAGUAUCAAACGGUAUAGCAUUUGAUAAGGACAUAAAAACGUGUUCUGGUUAAUGCAGUUUUAUUUCCAGUAUUUGCUACGCAUUACCACCCAGUUGAAAAAGUCCAAUCCCCAUCUUUGCCCACUUUAGUAGUUACAGUAUUAUACUAACCUCACAGAUGAUACUUAGCGACUGCUAGGGGUAGAAACAACUGCAGGUAAAGGCAACUUGGUCUAAAUGAAUGAAUGGAAAAGGGUAUUUGAUAAGCCUUGGUAAAAGUAAAUUGUGGACUACAGUAAUCGCAUGAUUUUGUUUUUAAUUAAGAUUAAUCACUUAGCAAUUUGUGCAUUUAAUCCAUCUAACUGCUCAAAGAACACAAACUGAAUAAACACUAAUGAAAAAAUAAAUUCUCAGAGCUGCACAUAAACUAUUUCUAUACUUGAUUUUCAUGUUUGUGCAUACUGAAUGAGACUGCUAAUCGCUAUGUUUUUCUACUAAAGGUGUUUCUAUGUCGAUAAACAGUAAUUGAUAACCCUAGGAGUUAUAUUAACAAUUUUAAAUUGGUGCAUUUUGAAAAUCAGAAUGUUCCUCCAAUUGGAAUCAAUGCGUGUUACUUGCUGAAAGUAUAUUUGAAGUGCUGAUGCUAGUUUAGGCUGGUACUCCCAUAGCUUUGACCAGCAUCUUAUUAACAGAUCUGUUAAAGUCUGGUAAUCCACAGAGAUCUAUAUCGUUUUGCUCUGUGUUCUACCCUCUAUCAUUCUUGUCUGAAAGUCAAGGAAUUAUCACAAAAUGUUCUUAUGUAAAUUGGGCUAAACUGCAUUCUUAUUAAACUGAGAUUAAAAUGUGAUUAUUGUGUGAUGACUUGAUAUAGAUAGUCUGUUGCAUCUAGCAAAUAUUGGGAAAUCGCACUAUGCACAUUAAGGUAGUUAUGUUUUAAAGGUUUGACGUUUACCUGAAUUAUACACAUGAAGCAUUCCAGGGUGACGGUAAUCUUUAAUACAGUCAGAUCACACCAAUUGAAGUUUUAUUGUUUUUCCCUUCACAGAAAUGCUUUGUAUGCUUGUGAUGCUAUCUUUAUUGCUUCUUUCAGUAGACAAUGAACAAUAGAAAUCACACCUUCAGUCAUGGGACUGGUGUAUAACCUACCUGCUUUAUUACUCCCUCUGAUUUUUCCAGUUCCUUAUUCAAGUUCAUAAUUUUAGUUUGUGCCUCCUCAGACUUUUCACGGUGAACUGGUUUGUCUGUCAACUGAUUGUCAAGUGUACUGUUCAUACCCUCAAAAAUAAAUUUAAAUAUUACUUCCUUUUA